CCACAGUCACCAACCUUUCAAAGAACACACAACUGUCGCAUAAACUAUGAUAAGAGGGGUUUGGGAUCAGGUAUCUUCAACAAUCGGAAUGGGUUCCCCUCUAUCAGAAACAGGACCAGCAAUGCUCAAUUCCGCGACUCCCACGAAAACCAUCCACAACGAGUACGAAGUCACCAUGCAGUCUUCGACGACGGACUCCGAUAGCGAUGGACCACCUAGCUCCCCUUUUGUCGCCAACGUCUCAGAUGUCGUUGCAGAUUGCGAAAACAUCUCUCCAAGCAAGCUUUCACGUCUUGCAUCGAAGAGUCCUAUCGAUCGCGAGCAAACGUCCCCAUUGAAAAUGCUGAAGAGCCGCGCUUCACCAAGUUCGAAGUCCCAAUCGCCAUCGUCCCGGAAAGAUUCGAAACCUUUGCGAAGCCCACGCAAGAUGUCAUCCCCAGAAAAAAGAUUUCCUGUGAAGCCCUCUUCACCUGUCAAGCAAGCCUCGCCAGAGAAGAAGCCAGCCGUUACGGAGCGGACUAUGACAAUCGAAGAUGUUCUGCGCGAUAAUGAAGGCCUUACCAAAGCUAUUGAGAUUUUGGAAGACGAGGACAGCGAGAUAGACCACACUUCGGACGAUACUUUGACGAGUAUGGGUGGUGUUCCCAGACACCAGGAACACUAUAACGAGGAACAAAACAUGGAUGAUACGAUGGUUAGCACUUUCAGCACCUUCUCUGCUGUGCCGGACAUGACCAUGUUUGCCAAAAUUGGACACAGCCCGACGAAACAUGCUGUAAUGGGAUCCACUCCACGACGAACUCAGAUCAAUACUCCCGCAACUCUCAGACGACCCAUGCAAGACCGAUCCCCUUCACCGACUCCCCGAGGGCAUAGGUAUGGCAAGAGUAGAGAUGAAGGGAACACCACGAACUUGAUUCUAGAUUUCACAGACCAGUUCAAUGGAUUCGCUGGACGAGCUCAAUAUUCUCCCAGGAGACAAUCACCUCUGAAGAGCACAACCAUGCCAGACAUGUCGUUCGCAACGACACCCACAGUCAAUAGGCACAACAUCUCCAACUUACUUGACUUCGAUAUUCCUCCCGCCCCAACACCAAGAAGUAUGCCAUCCAUCACACCAAGAGAGCUUGAAAGCUUGAAAUCUGCUUUCCUGUCGGAAAUUAGUAGCCUCAAAGCUUCACUAAGCGGCAAGGAAGCCGAAGUACAAUCUCUCAAGACUGCCGUUGGAGAUGCAGAAAAGCGCGUUGGCGAAAGUCUAGAGCAGGUCCGAGAAGAACGCAGCUUGAAGGAGCAAUUGGCAGCUGAUAAGGAGGACUGGGAGAAACGGAGUCGUGAGAUGGAAGCUGUGCUUAGAAAUGUGAAAGAAGAGAUCGUUCAUGGUGAAAGAGAAAGGAAUGAACUUGAAGGAAGAUUAGAAGAAAGUGAGAGAAGACGGGAUGCAGCGGAGAUGAUGGCUCAAGAGGCUGAAAGCAAAAUGGCUGCAAUGAGAGCAGGAAAGUCGUCGCCGACUUCAGAGACCAGCGAGACGAAAUCCGGAGACUGCGAGUGUGGCGGUAGAGCUGUUGAGCUUGCUGUCGAGAAAGUCUCCAGAGAGCUUCAUACUCUCUACAAAGAUAAACAUGAGACGAAAGUCUCUGCUCUGAAGAAGAGUUAUGAGAAGCGUUGGGAGAAGAAGGUCAAGGAACUGGAGAACAAAAUUGAAGAUCUGACGAAAGAGAAUGAGGAUAUCAAGCUCGGACGAGAUACAACAAUGACAAAAGUCGAGCCAAAGAAUCCUCUGGAAGUGACAGAGGACCUCGAGAAGCAAGCCGCCAGAGAUGCCAAGACGAAAGAGAUGGAGGCCGAACUGGAGGGUCUCUCACAAGUCGUCAGAAGCGUGAAGCACGACAAUUCCGAGCUCCGGAAGAUGUUGGACGAAGAAAGAGUUGAGAAGGGCAAAUUGGUCGCUGCCUUGGACGAGAUGAUCCCUUUGGUUGCCGCUUGUGACGAGAUGCUCUCCAAUCAGAUGGAAAACUCAGCACCGUUUCAAUCAGCACAGAGCAUCCCUCAAGCUCCAAGUCAUUCGAACGUCGAGAAUCUUCGUGGCAGCAUCUCGCGAGCCUCUGGUCUUAGAGCGCCGGGCAGCGGGGCUCAGGGUGAAAGCCGCAUUGGUAGAGGAGGGUUUGGUGUCCCGGCAGGAAAUGGCCCUGAGAGGACUAGGAGUGGUAGUGCUCAAGGUAUGAGACCGGGGAGUGGGCUGGGGUACAGAAGCGGGAUAAUGGCUUCUAUUGAGAAGAUGGGCAAUCAGAAAGGAAGAGGGGGCGAGUGAAUGUUCUGAUGGCUCGGGCAGAAAUUGUGCUUUGAUGGUGGAGGUUUUGGUGUCUUGAUUUUGUUCUGAAGGCGUCGUUUGGGUGACUCUGUUAUGAUCAACUUGUCAAUAAAGUUUUUAUGCCCUUGAGUUUACGGUGAAAGUCCGAAACUUUUUGAGAACCAGUGGGAUCGAAUUGUAUGGAUUGUGUCAAUGUUCCUUGUGCCUUGCAACCAUUUCCUUGAAACUGACCACUGAAAUGUCUG